AUGACUCGAGAUGUCCUCCAUUCGCGUCUGCAAUGGCGAAUUGGCGAUGGGAAUCUGGCUAGGAUAUGGCUUGAUAAAUGGCUCCCAAUUAAUACAUUGCUGGCCUCUCCAAUUAACUACAACCAGCUACAAGAAGAUGUACUAGUUACAGAGUUGAUAGAGCAUGAAACCAGACAGUGGAAAACUGAGUUGAUCUAUAGUAUUUUCUCUAAUGAAGAAGCGGACCUGAUAUGUAGUAUUCCACUUGUGAGGUUUAUGCAUGGAGAUGACUUAGUGUGGAGUGCUGAAAAGAAGGGGGCGUACUUGGAUGAUGAGACUCUUCCUCAUAGGUUUUGCCUAUAUGCUUCACAACAAAAUGAUCGAGCAGAAAGAAAACAUCAUUAUAUUCUUGACACAGUUUGUGCCCUUUUCAUUUCCUUUUCUCUUCAUGAACAUUUUUGGGGUGAAGUUGCUCUCACUGCUAUUUACACUAUUAAACGUGUUACUACAUUAGUAUUAGACACACAGUCUCCUUAUGAGUGUCUAUACAAUAAGAAGCAAAGGAUCAAAAACCAACAGCUUUAUCCAAUAGCAGUUGAAGCUCGGCAUAUGAAUCUUUUCCCAGCGCCUCAGUUAAUCACCAACAGAGAUUUUAUUAAAACAAAUCAAAGGAGUGGCAAUAUAUACAAUACCCAGAUGGAUUCUUGUGUUCCUUUGGUUGAUACAAUGCAAGAAGCUUCACAGCUUUUUCCAUUAUAUCAAUCCCUUGUUUGUGAUCCAAAUAUUUCAGCCAAAACUUCAAUCAAUAAAGCUAAUAGUGGCCUUACCUACAACAUGAAUAUCCUGGCUUCAGCUUCAAGAAAAAGGCUUAGAGAUUCAUUCACCAAUGGCUUUGAUUCAUACUCAGUUGCUCAAAAGAACAAUAUUUUUGAUGUUUCAUCUGUUCUUGAUGAUGAUGUCUUCUCUCAGAUCCAACAACAACAACAUGACAUUGACCACCUCGUUGCUGAACAUACAGCAAAAGUGAGGUUGGAACUUGAAGAAAAAACAAAGAGGCAAUCAAGAAUAUUGAUUACAGCAAUCCAAGAAGGGGUUUUGAAAAAACUAAAGGAAAAAGAUGAAGAGAUACAAAGAAUGGGGAAACUAUACUGGGUCCUUCAAGAAAGGGUUAAAAGUCUAUAUGAAGAGAACCAACUGUGGAGAGACUUGGCACAAAUAAAUGAAGCCACGGCCAAUUCCCUACGCACCAAUUUAGAACAAGUCCUAGCUCAUGUUGGUAAGGAACGCCAUGUGAGCGGGGAAGGCGCCGCAGUCGCGUUGGCAGAUGAUGUAGAGUCUAGCUGCGACAGCAGUGACGAAAAGUGGUGCAAGGUGGUGCCACCACAACCACAUGGGAGUGGUGCUGCUCAGGUUAAGAUGGUGGUAGUUGGGAAUAAUAACAGAAAGUGUAGAAAGUGUGAGGGAAGUAGAGUGGCUCCUUACACACCUACAACCGAAGCAGAUAGUGGGAGUAGUGCACAGACAGCUGCAAAGCUGAAGUCAAUAUCAGCGAUGCCUAUUUACAAAGAUAAAAGUCAUGAGGAGCUGUAA